AUGGCAGGAAAGGAUUCUACUAUUGUUAUUGAGAACUCCUCAGACUUUGGCCCCUACCAGCACGACUCGCAUGAAGCGUCAGAGGAGGGAGACUCGACUUUUGUGGGCCAGGACGAAGACCAGAAGAGUCGCGAUAACAGUGAAGAGGACAACGAUGAAGAGGACUUUGGAAGAAGUAGUACUGAGCAGGAGAUAGGCGAUGUGAUUGAUGAUGCAGAGGAAGACGGAGAAGAAGAGGAAGAGGAGGAAGAAGAGGAAGAGGAGGACGAAGAGGAUGAGGAGGAAGCAGAGGAAGAGGAGACUUUGGAUCCCCAGGUCGCUGAAGACAUUGAAGUGUUUACCCGCUCACUGAAAGAGGUCUCUGAGAGAUUUCGAAUUAUAGGGAAGAUUGGCGAAGGUACCUUCAGUACUGUUUACAAGGCUGAGGAUACCAAAUAUGACCUCUAUGACAAUGCGUGGGAUCUGGAUCGCACACCAGUCAAACGCAGGAGGAACUCUGAUGCAGAAGAGCCAGCUGUGAAGAAACAAAGAAAGCACCAGGAGGGAGGCAGCCGAAGAAAGAAGCUCGUUGCGAUCAAGAGAAUUUAUGUGACUAGCAGUCCACAGCGUAUUCUGAACGAGCUCGUCCUUUUACACACGUUAUCCAAAUGCGAUGACAUUGCCCCUCUGAUUACCGCUUUCCGAGAUCAAGACCAGGUUGUUGCCGUACUCCCCUACUGUCAGCAUUCUGAUUUCAGAUCAUUUUACCGAGAAUUGCCCAUCCAUGAAUGGAAGUUCUACCUGAAAUCGAUUUUCACUGCUCUUGAGCACGUCCACAAGCACGCUAUUCUGCAUCGCGACGUGAAACCGACAAACUUUCUGUACGACAUAACCAAACGACGCGGUGCUUUGGUCGAUUUCGGAUUAGCAGAGCGCGAGGUGCUGGAGCCGGAGCAUUGCGCGUGUAGAAAGCAUAGCGAUCCUGCGCGACACCUUACAGAUAGACAAUCAUCGACGGGAUAUCUCAAGAAUGACACCAGACCCGGACGUCGCGCGAAUCGAGCAGGCACUCGUGGAUUCAGAGCUCCAGAGGUCUUACUCAAGUGUCUUAAUCAAACGACCAAGAUCGACAUCUGGUCGGUUGGCGUGAUUAUGCUCUCGUUUUUGGCCAAACGAUUUCCGUUUUUCAAUUCCACUGAUGACAUUGACGCCAUGAUCGAGAUUGCGACUAUCUUUGGAAAGCCAAAGAUUGCGGCCGGUGCUAAACUUCACGGCGCAAUUUUCGACACCUCUAUUCCCACCAUUCCGGAAGUACCUUUCCAAUUCGAAGACAUUGCUGUGUGGGCUGUCACUGGCGGCGCAGAGGACGGCGAGCUGACGACGGAGUUGCGCCAGACUUAUACCACUGACCCAGACUAUGUGCAGGCUUUUGAUCUUCUUAGAUCGUGCAUGGAAGUAGACUUCCGGAAGCGCAUUUCAGCUACAGAAGCACUUCAGCACCCAUAUCUUGCAGAUAUCUGA